AUGAAUAAAAUAAGAGUCAUUCUUGUUUGUACGGUAGCUGUAUUUGUUUUAACGCCAGUGUCAGCGACAAACGUACAACUCCCUGCAGUCUACCCUCUAGUCAACGUUCUCCUGCCUCUCUUAAACAACGUCUACAAUCUCUUACUAUCUCUACUUUCAAUCUUCGACACACUACCGCCAUCUAUCAGUUGCCUGAUACCAGUCGAUUUAGGGGCGUUAGAGACAUCAUUGCUCAAACUUUAUUCUCAAGCUUUAGCGAUAGUUAAUUUCUUAAGGUCAUUACCUGAAUAUGCAAUCGGUGCCAACCCAAACACCCCUAGUACAGGGGUGGCGAAUAUGCAGGGGCUUCUUACAACACUGGUCGGAGCAAUCACAGACCUGGCGGACGAUGUUCUUGUGGGGAUCGGUGGCGCUUUGUUACCAGGUCUACUGCAGUUGGUUGUUAUGGUCGUACAAACCUUGCUUAACUUGUUACUUUAA